CUUCCUCCCUGCAGGAUGGGGGCCAUGAGGCCAGCACUGGCCUUGCUGUCCCUGGCCUACGUGCUGCGCACAGCCGCCACCCUGAGAAUCUGCGCUUUCAACAUCAGGACUUUUGGAGACAGCAAGCUGUCCAAUGAGACCAUUGCAGGCAUCAUCGUGAACAUCGUGCAGACAUACGACAUCGCUGUGAUGCAGGAGGUCCGUGACUCUGAUCAGAGUGCCAUCAGGAAACUGAUGGACCAGCUCAACAGGGCAUCUCUGCAGCCAUACAGCUACGUGGUCAGCGAGCCCCUGGGCCGGACCUCCUACAAGGAGCAGUACCUCUUUAUCUACAGGACGGAUAUGGUGUCAGUGGUGGACAGUUACUACUAUGAUGAUGGCUGUGAGCCCUGCGGGAGCGACACCUUCAGCAGGGAGCCCUUCAUCGUGAAGUUCUCCUCCCCCUACACAGAGGUGCAGGAGUUUGUGCUGGUGCCCCUGCAUACACCCCCCAGUGAGGCUGUGGCAGAGAUUGACGCCCUCUACGAUGUCUACUUAGAUGUCAUCGACAAGUGGGGAACUGACAACAUCCUUUUCCUGGGAGACUUCAACGCCGACUGCUCCUACGUUGGGCCACAGGAUUGGCCUUCCAUCCGCCUGCGAACCAGCGACGCCUUCCAGUGGCUCAUCCCGGACAGUGCAGACACCACCGUGUCGUACACAGACUGCGCCUACGACCGGAUCGUGGCGAGUGGCUCUGAGCUGCAGCGCUGUAUGGUGGCCAGAUCUGCCAAGGUCAACAACUUCCAGGAGACUUUCCACCUGCAGCGCGAGGAUGCUCUUGCCGUCAGUGACCAUUUCCCGGUGGAAGUGACUCUGAGGGCUCGCUGAGGCUCACCUGCUCCUGCCUUGCUCCAUCCCCUGCUAAGCCAGGAGAAGUAGCUACCAGCAAAGCAACUUCUACCGCAUUCAUAUUCCCUUUGGCUGCUGCUGGCUGCAGCACCAACGCCUUCAGAAGAGCUCCCAAGACUGAACCUCAGCGUCUACGAUUAUAGCCAAAUAUCAGCCUCCUGGCAUCUACCUGCUGCUCCUGGCACAUCCUCAUGGCUGGUCACAAACCCAUCUCUCUAGGUGCUGCAUCGAAUGGCCCACCAGUGUCACUUACUGGGUACUUGGAUAACUGGCACAUUCAUGCCAUACCAUUGGGAGAUUCGUUCAUGCAAUGUAGUUAGUAAGCUUUGAAAUCUUUGGUCUCAGGGCAUCCUGGAGUGUUAUGCUGGGCAACAGGGCUGGGGGGGAGCUGAUUUUGUGGCCAAUGGGUAUGUGCAAUUGUCAAGGCUCCUUCCCCUCUCUGAACUUUAGGAUACAGAUGUGGGGGCCUGCAUGAAAACUUCUAAGCUUAACUACCAGCUUAGAUCUGGUUCGCUGCCACCACUU